AAUUUGGUGCACUCGUUCGUUAUAAACACGUGUGUUCAAUUUUGAAGAAACUUUUAUUAUCCUCAGUGAAGCGAGAUUUCGCUGAGAGGAAGUUUAAUAUCAUAUUACAAAGUGAAGAAAAGAACCUUUUUCAAAAUGUCUGAAGAAGUAAAUCCUAAGGCCUAUCCUCUUGCUGAUGCAACUUUGACGACAAAGAUUUUGAAUAUUGUUCAGCAAGCAUCAAACUAUAAACAACUGAAGAAGGGAGCUAAUGAAGCCACCAAGACAUUAAAUCGAGGCUUAGCAGAGAUCAUUGUUAUGGCUGCCGAUGCUGAACCUCUCGAGAUUUUACUGCAUUUGCCAUUGCUGUGUGAAGAUAAGAAUGUUCCAUACAUCUUUGUAAAGUCCAAACAUGCAUUGGGCCGAGCUUGUGGAGUGUCUCGACCAGUCAUAGCUUGUUCAGUUACCGUCAACGAAGGAUCACAGCUGAAGCCACAGAUCCAGGUCUUACAACAAGAGAUUGAAAAGCUGCUUGUAUGAAACAUCAUCAACCAGUUAUUUACAACAUUUUUUUUUUUUUCCUUUGGUGACACUAUUAGUUUUUUUUUUUUUCCCCAUUUCAGGAGCUGACUUUGUUGUUUCAUCACUUCAUUGUGAUCAUUCCAUUUGUAGAGAACAUUUUACAGUAAAUAAACAUUUUAAUAAGUAUUUUUACCAAAAGGA